AUGGGACAACAAUCAUCUGCACCCAAAAUAACACAACAGGAUAAAGCUAUAUUCCAAUUAAAACAACAAAGAGAUAAAAUAAAACAAUAUCAGACAAAAUUAAAUUACAUAGUCAUUAAACAAACAAAUUUAGCUAGAAAAGCAAUUACGAACGGUCAACCAGAUAGAGCUAAAUUUUAUUUGCAAUCAAAAAAACGACAAGAAAGUGUAAUUAACAAAACUUAUGAACAAUUGACAAAUCUUGAGAAAUUAAUAGAUACUAUUGAAUUUAAAUUGAUUGAAAAAGAUGUAAUUUAUGGUUUAAAACAAGGUAAUGAAAUUUUAAAUAAAUUAAAUAAUGAAAUGAAAAUUGAGAAAAUUGAUAAGAUAUUGGAUGAUCUAGAAGAUAAUAAGAUUAAAGUUAAUGAAGUAAGUGAAGCUUUAGGUAGUGGACAUAAUUUGAAUAGAGCUGAAGAAGAUGAAGUUGAUGCAGAGUUUAAUAAAUUAAAUGAAGAAAUAAAUGGUGUAUCAGAGAGUAAAUUACCAGAAUUUAAUCAAUUAAAUGAAGAAAUAAAUGGUGUACCAGAGAGUAAAUUACCAGAAGCUCCAAAAGAUAAAAUUAUGCCAGAAAUACCGACUAAUGAGAUACAAGAACCAACAAAAGAAGAAGAAGCAUCAAAAGAAGAGCAUAAAAAUGAACCAAUUGCAAUAUAG